AAUAAUAAAUAAUCAUUAAAUUGAAGAUUAAUCCAAUUACUGCUAAUUCCCAUUUCCCAGCAUCCCAAUCCCAAUCCCAGCUCAGGUUUGAAGUUGAAGUUGAAGGCUUUUAUUCACCAAAAACGAAAAAAAAAAGUUGAAAGGGCUUUUAAUCGCAAGACCUUUGACCGACUUUCUCGGGGUCAGUCACCAAUUUCAUCUCCUUUGUUCAACCUCUGGUGUAUCACCCAAAUAAACAAAGAUUAUAGUUGUCUCAGAACCUCCGAAGAUGAAGAUAAUGGUGGCAAUAAAGCGAGUCAUCGACUACGCCGUCAAAAUCCGAGUCAAACCCGAUAAGUCUGGCGUGGAGACCAAAAACGUGAAGAUGUCGAUGAACCCCUUUUGCGAGAUUGCUCUAGAAGAGGCCCUUCGAAUCAAAGAGUCUGGCAUGGCUUCUGAGGUUGUGGCUGUUAGUAUGGGUCCUACACAGUGCGUGGACACGCUAAGAACAGGACUGGCUAUGGGUGCUGAUAGGGGUAUUCAUGUGGAGGCUACAGGGGCUCUGCUUCCACUCUCUGUUGCUAGGCUCUUGAGAGCGCUUGUAGAGGUUGAAGAACCUGGGCUUCUCAUUCUUGGCAAACAGGCUAUUGAUGAUGAUUGCAAUCAAACGGGGCAAAUGGUAGCAGGACUGCUCAACUGGCCACAGGGGACUUUUGCUUCUAAGGUUGUGUUGGAUAAGGAGAAACAGGCAGUGACAGUGGACAGAGAGGUUGAUGGUGGUCUUGAGACUUUGUGUUUAGACUUGCCAGCAGUUAUCACGACUGAUUUGAGGCUGAACCAACCGAGGUAUGCGACACUCCCGAACAUAAUGAAAGCAAAAUCAAAGGUCAUAAAGAAGUUUUCCCCGCAGGAUUUGAACGUGGAAAUCAAAUCUGAUUUAGAGGUUGUUCAAGUGACAGAGCCUCCCAAGAGAAAGGCAGGGGUUAUUGUUUCUUCAGUGGAUGAGCUCAUUGACAAGCUUAAGAAUGAAGCCAAUGUCAUUUGAUUAAACCUCUUUUUUUUUUUUUUUUUUUUUUUUUUUUUUUUUUUUUUUCCCCUCAAAAUAUGUCACCAAAUGGUAACUGCCAUUUGUAUCAAAACAUAUCACUGCACAAAUAAACACACAGUUCAAUAAUACAACAAUGUCAACAAAACUAUUUUUUAAAAAAAAAUUUCUAUAAAACUUAAUCAUAUUGACAAUUCAUUAUUAUUACUUUAUUAAUGAAUUAUUGUUUCUUCAGGGUAA